AUGGAAAUUAUUCGGAUUUCACAAUAUCCUGUAACGGAAGGGAUUAUCCGGUGUAUAAAGCAAUUGUAUACCUUUAAUCCGAUUAUUUUUCCAAAGUAUGUCAAUUUAAUAUCCAUAUUAAAGGUGCUUGCAGACAAAUAUUACCUUAACAAGCUCAAAGCUUUUGCGCAUAAAAAAUUCAGCGACGCAGUGGAUAAGUACUAUAAUAGCGAAAAUUUCCUUAAAACGGCCAAAGAAAUUUACGAGAUGGAAUUGCUAGUAGGAGCCUUCGCUCGUAAUUACAAGGAAUUGUUGGGAAUGGAAAAUGUGCGAAGGUUUUUGGAGGUAAUACCCAAAUUGGGAACUAACGUACUUCUGCAUUUAUAUAUAAUACCCCUUUUAUUGCGCGAUAGGCGUCGUAAGGGUUAA